CUAAAAGUCGAUAAUUUGACUUUGAACCGAUAAAGUGAAAACUAAAUGAAAAUAUCACUGAUUGUUCACAGUUUUGGAUAUUUGGCACUUUUAAAAUAACAUUUAUGGCGGAAAAAUUACCGGCUAACCACCAGUCUAAACCCUUUCCAGGAUCACUUACUCCUGGCUGGAAUGAUCCACCCCUUUUGAAUAACGUAACUCAACCACCUGGACGUAAUCGAUUGAAUCUCAAUAGGAGGAUAGCAUUUCCAGUGAAUUGCACAUCUAGUUCCAUAUCAGUCAAUAGAACUAUAGUGUCUACAAGUUUGGGGCAAGGAAAAACAUCCGCAGUAGGCUUCCAUCCACCUCCUUCAACAGGAACACCAACGGUAAAAAUGCAAAGAUUUAAUGAAAAAAAUACUGAAAAACUUCCAGAUGAUACCGAUAGCGUAAAUAAUCACCAUGACAGGAAUAUUCAAUAAAAAAUAUCUACCUUUUACUGUAGAACCGCAUAAGAUCAUCCGAAUUUUUAAUUUUUUCCCCCGAUAUUAACUUUUUACAUCAUUGCAUAUUUCAGAGGUUUUAAUCCGGGUUAGAUAACCAAUCCAUUAUACACAUAGGUAUAUAACAGUAUUGAUAGUCACCUAAUCAAGAUAUAUAUGUAUAUAUAAUAUAAAUUAGUAGUAGAGAGAAAUAAAUAGUUCAUUCUUUCUAGCGAUAAGUUAAAUUUAGGUACUUUAAUAAAACUUAGCACACAUGAUACUUGGUCCCCAAAAAAGUUUGGUAGUUCAUAUGGGCGAAAUUCGGCGACGAUAAUCGAGACACUAUAUGUUGCUAUAACUUAGUCAGAUAUCAACUUACAAAAAAAGUAUCUUGGUACAGGACAUUAAAGUGUGGAUGGAUAUCUAUGGUUUAAAGUAUUUUAAGUUGACGUGACCCUGCCUCUAAUAGGUCUAAAGCAUUAAUCACAGAAAAGACCAAAACUAAAUCGCCCAAAGUUUCUGAAAACAAGUCAGUUUGGCAUCUCCUCAUACAUUGUAAUGAAAUCGAUUGAUAACUACGUCCUUUUCCUUUAUAACUUAUUUUUAAUAAUUCACUAAAUAAAUAUCUCAAAAGCAUUAAAUUUCACAUCUUAGAUAUUAGGAUGUAUUGCAUAGGACUUAUGGUAAUAAUUGGACAUGUAAUUUUAUACCUCAGGAAAUAAUACAUUGUUAAACCACGUUUACUAAUAAAAUAUCACAAUUUUAAAUUUA